CCUCUCAUCAGCUGUGGGUCUCUUUCAUACCCAAAACAAAAGCAACGGACGGAACACCGUCGAUUUAAUUCACCACAAAUGCAAAGCAACGUUCAUAAUAACGACACUGCGCGUUCUUGUGACGCGGUGUAUCGCAUAUGUUUUUCCUGAAACGCGUGUGUUCUCCGUGGGUACCAGGUGGCACGCAGCGGAUAUGGAGCUCUUUCUAAAUAUUAACAAGACAUGAACGCGGCUGGAUCCAGACCGACGCGUCGUACGCACGGAUACGCACCGACAUUGCGAAGUGUAUAUCGUUCGCGUCUGAUGUCGUGGCGGGUUCGGGGAGGUUUUGUCAACUUGUGGUGCCGUUGAGACGGGUAGUUUGGUUUGGGAGGAACACGCGCAACCCGAAGCCUGCGUGAGCGCGCUGAAUCCCGCUUUGAAUCGCGUACGGAGGCCCGGGGGCCUCGGCUGCGCGCAUCAGCAUCAUAUUGUUUCUAGGUGCGGGUACUUGUGGACUGAAAUUUAUCCUCAGAUUUGUUUUCAUGGUACCAUUCUUCAUUGAUUUAUGCCCUCUGGUAUAUCUCCCAUUGACCAACCCCAGUGUGGAAGGUUUCCUGGACCACAAGGCAAAAUGGAGAUCAGGUUCCUUCUAUCUCCAAUCUAAUUGUUAUCCUCUUUUCGGUUUUUACAAAUGGACAGGAGCAAACCAGCCUGCAUUUACCGAAAUGAAGGAAUAAUGCAAGUAGCAGGUGAUGUACAAUUUUUUCUGAUACCGAGACGUUUUUACGUUAAAAAUUGCAACACCAUGAUAGGAUUCCUUUGAGACUUUAAAUAUGGACCUUUAAGAGAUCUGGCCCUUUGAGUUGGGUUUUUCUGGAUUACAUGCUUAAAAAACUCAACAGGGUUGGGUAUUUGGAAGCAGAGAGAUCAUACUUUGAUGCCGAACACCACUUUUAGGAAUUUAGUGAAGGAGAAGAUCUCUGCUUACUAGGGCAGUGACUGGGUUUGUUGGCCCUUCUUGUGCCUGAACCCAAAUCUCAAACCCCACCUCCCAUUUGGAACCCAUUUCUUGACCCCAUCUCUGCCCGACAUCCACCAUUCGCCCCUCGCUGGCCACGGCAGUCCUCCCUCCCCGCUCCCGUCCCCACCCUCCUCCUCCUCAUCACCCAACCCCGUCCCCUCACCACACUACCCACCACCCCUCUACCCAGGUCACCAUGGCUACCGGCACGACCACGACUGCCCGCGAACAUCUCCUAGUGGUGCGGAGGCGUAGCCCGCAUAUGCGCUACACGCUGAGCCCCGAAAACCUCCGCAGCCUCUCGGCUCAGGGCGGUUCAGGAAGUGGGGGAAGCUCUAGAGGAGGAGGGCCAGAGCCAAUGGGCCUGCAACGGGCCAACAGCGACACCGACCUGGUGACUUCGGAUAGCCGUUCCUCUCUUACAGCCUCAACGUACCAGUUCACGCUUGGGCGAGGACAAAACCUGGUCAUCUCCUGGGAUAUCAAGGAGGAAGUGGAUGCCACUGACUGGAUCGGGCUGUACCAUAUUGAUGAGACGUGUCCAUCGAACGUCUGGGAUUCGAAGAACCGUGGCGUUAAUGGCACUCAGAGGGGCCAGAUCGUCUGGAGGUUAGAGACUGGGCCAUACUUCAUGGAACCUGAGACCAAGAUCUGUUUCAAAUAUUAUCAUGGAGUGAGCGGGGCACUGAGGGCAACAACACCGUGCAUUACAGUAAAAAACCCAGGAGUUACAGCCGGUGCAGAAGGGCAGCUGGAUGGACAAUCUGUAACAGAACACUGCAGAAAAUUGGUCAGCUUUACUUUGUCAGAUAUCAGGGCUCAGGGUCUGAAGAAAGGAAUGUUUUUUAAUCCAGACCCGUAUUUAAAGAUGAGCAUCCAGCCAGGCAAGAGAAACGGCUUUCCAACGUUUACCCACCACGGCCAGGAGAGACGAACCUCCAUCAUUUCCAACACCACCAACCCGAUGUGGCACGGCGAGAAGUACACAUUUGUUGCAUUGAUGACGGACGUUUUGGAAAUUGAGGUCAAGGACAAAUUUGCCAAAAGUCGCCCGAUCAUCAAGCGCUUUUUGGGUCAGCUUACAAUUCCAGUUCAAAGACUGCUGGAGAGGCACGGGGCAGGGGAUCAAUAUGUAAGUUACACACUUUGUCAACGUCUCCCGACUGAACACGUGAGUGGGGAACUUCAGUUCAAGGUGGAGAUCACAUCUAAUGGACAUGAAGAUGCUAUCGGUUCCCUGCUUGGAGCCUCCUCUAUGAACGGAGAUCCCGGGAGCCCAUCAGACGACGAGGACGUGUUGCAUCCCGUCUCCGGCGUGCCCAGAGGCCCCUCACCCACCGGCUCCGAGGGGUCCCUGCACGGUGAUGCCUUCAGAACCGAUGAGUGCACAAUGGACCCAGAUGAAGAUCGUCUCUUUAGAGAAGGUCUCCCAGAUCCGACCGAAGCAACCCAGAGUCACGCUCACAGACAAGUUUCGCUCAACGACUACCUGGAUGCCAUCGAGGCCCCCAAGGGCCCCGGAGACAGACCUCUUGGAGCCGCGUCCCCUAAGCUACGCUCGAGUUUCCCCACAGACACUCGGCUCAAUGCCAUGCUUCAUAUAGACUCUGAUGAAGACGAGGAAGGACACGCCUCCCGGGAGGCGUCGCUGACCAAUGGGGCCCAAGGAUCGCAAAGACACGCCUCCUCUGAACAGGACAAAGGGGUGGGUCGUGUCAAAGACAGAGAAAAAGUUGAGUCAGAAGGAACGAGCAGCGCCACAGACACAGAGGCGACUGCUUCGGGUUCGAGUAGUAGCACCGCAAUGAGCCAAAAUGGAGGUGCGGAGCGAAGCCACGACUCGACCCAAACCGCUGCCAGAUUGCAGCCAGCUGCCAUAACACAGGAUGAGGAGGGAGUUGCGUCAUCAGAGGCCACAGCAUCUGAGAACUUAGCUAAUGAAGGGGGCGGAGCCACUGCAGUCAAGCAAUCAGAGCAGGGGAACGCCAAUGAGGAGGAAGUAAAUGGAGAAAUCUGGAGGAGGCGGAGUCUGCAGGCCUCGGGUAACGCAUCACAGGCUGAAGGUGUGGAAUCAAGCAAUGAAGUGAGGAGGGCAGGUGAUUCGCCACAGGCUGCCAUGGCAACAGACACAGAGACGGGUGCCAGUGCUCAAGUGAACGGCCAUCAGCCGGUGAGAUCGCUUCCUUCAGUGCGCCAUGACAUCAGUCGGUACCAGAGAGUGGAUGAACCACUUCCACCCAACUGGGAAGCUCGGAUCGACAGUCACGGGAGGAUUUUUUACGUCGAUCACGUGAACCGAACGACCACCUGGCAGCGUCCGACAGCCCCACCUGCACCUCAGGUCCUUCAGAGAUCCAACUCCAUUCAGCAGAUGGAGCAGCUUAACCGCAGGUAUCAGAGUAUUCGGAGGACAAUAACCAAUGAGAGGACAGAUGAACAGGCUGUAGAGAUGCCUUCAGAUGAAACUGACCUAAUGCAUCAAUCCAUACCCGAAUACCGGCGUGAUGGUAUGGUUGGACCCGCAAGCUCUCAUUCGCGUCUGUCUCUGCUGCUUCAGUCACCCAGCGCCAAGUUUCUCACCAGCCCAGAUUUCUUCACUGUACUGCAUUCCAACCCUAGUGCCUACCGCAUGUUUACAAGUAACACGUGUCUGAAGCACAUGAUCAGUAAAGUGAGACGGGACACGCAUCACUUUGAACGCUACCAGCACAAUCGAGAUCUGGUGGCCUUUCUCAACAUGUUCGCCAACAAACAGCUGGAUCUGCCACGAGGCUGGGAAAUGAAACAUGAUCACACAGGCAAGCCUUUCUUCGUGGACCAUAACUGCAGGGCCACCACCUUCAUAGACCCCCGUCUGCCACUGCAGAGCGCUCGACCCAGCAGCCUUCUGGCCCACCGGCAACACCUCAGCCGUCAGCGCAGCCACAGUGCAGGAGAGGUCGGCGAUGACCCUCGACAUGCUGGCUCUGCCGUACUGCCACGCCCCUCCAACAACUUCUCAACCAAUCGCAACCAGUGUCAAGAUAUAGUUCCUGUUGCCUAUAAUGAUAAAAUAGUAGCAUUUUUGCGCCAGCCAAACAUUUUUGACAUCCUGCAGGAAAGACAGCCUGAGCUCAUGAGGAAUCAUUCACUCAGGGAGAAAGUUCAGUUCAUCCGUAAUGAAGGGGUGUCUGGUUUAGCUCGACUUUCAAGUGAUGCGGACCUGGUGAUUUUACUCAGUUUGUUUGAAGAGGAAGUGAUGUCAUAUGUUCCGCCUCAUGCCUUACUGCACCCUGGCUACUGUCAAUCACCACGAGGGUCUCCAGUCCCCUCCCCUCAGAAUUCUCCUGGAACACAGCGAGCCAAUGCACGCGCUCCCGCACCGUACAAACGAGACUUCGAAGCCAAACUCAGAAAUUUCUAUCGCAAACUGGAGACUAAAGGUUACGGACAGGGACCGGGCAAAGUCAAGUUGAUAAUCCGCAGAGAUCACCUACUGGAGGACGCCUUCAAUCAGAUCAUGUGCUACUCACGCAAAGAUCUACAAAGAAGUAAACUUUAUGUCAGCUUCGUUGGAGAGGAGGGACUGGACUACAGCGGCCCAUCGCGCGAGUUUUUCUUUCUGGUGUCGCGGGAGCUUUUCAACCCGUACUACGGCCUGUUCGAGUAUUCGGCCAAUGACACCUACACCGUUCAGAUCAGUCCUAUGUCUGCCUUUGUGGACAACCACCAUGAGUGGUUUCGGUUUAGCGGGCGUAUUCUGGGUCUGGCUCUUAUCCAUCAAUAUCUGCUGGAUGCCUUUUUCACACGACCCUUCUACAAAGGUCUCCUGCGAAUUCCGUGUGAUCUUAGUGAUCUGGAGUAUCUUGAUGAAGAGUUUCAUCAGAGUUUGCAGUGGAUGAAGGACAAUGAUAUCGAGGACAUGCUGGACCUCACCUUCACCGUCAAUGAGGAGGUGUUUGGACAGAUCACAGAGCGCGAGCUGAAGCCGGGUGGCGCUAAUAUCCCCGUGUCUGAGAAGAAUAAGAAGGAGUACAUUGAGCGAAUGGUGAAGUGGCGUAUCGAGAGAGGCGUCGUUCAACAGACCGAGAGUCUCGUCCGUGGAUUUUAUGAGGUUGUUGAUGCGCGACUCGUCUCCGUGUUCGAUGCACGUGAGCUGGAGCUGGUGAUCGCUGGGACGGCCGAGAUCGAUCUGUCAGACUGGAGAAGCAACACAGAAUACAGGGGAGGUUACCAUGACAGCCACAUUGUGAUUCGCUGGUUCUGGGCGGCAGUUCAGCGAUUCAACAAUGAACAGAGACUCAGACUCCUUCAAUUUGUGACAGGGACGUCCAGCAUUCCUUACGAGGGCUUUGCUUCGCUCCGAGGCAGCAAUGGACCUCGCCGCUUCUGCGUAGAGAAGUGGGGGAAAAUUACCUCUCUGCCCAGAGCUCACACGUGUUUCAAUCGUCUUGAUCUUCCCCCAUAUCCCUCGUUCUCUAUGCUGUAUGAGAAGAUGCUGACCGCAGUAGAGGAGACCAGCACAUUCGGCUUGGAGUGAAUGUUCACUUUAGCACUUUGGCUUGAUCUAAUAGAUUCUCCAUCUGGGACGAGACGAGUCUACUCUGAGACGAGACGAGACAACUCUGGAACAGAAGAGUCAAACCGGUUUGGUAGAAGCAAGUGUGAAUGUAAACCUGGACGUAUGUGAACUCAAACUCAAGGAAGUGGACAGAUAAGUGCAAAGUGGAGUUACUGAAAAUAGUUCAAAUGUUUCAAAUCCAAAGGACUUUGUUAUAUCUGUACAGACAAAGACUUUUUUACGCACCAUCGAUAAACAGCGCGAAUGGACGAAUACGGUUUUGUUUUACACUUUGCCUGUUUCUGAUCGCCUCACAUGCAAGAUAUGAUAUUCAACAUCGUUUUAGUCUUCAUCAUUUACAGAUACACUUAAUAUUCAAAUGUAUUUUUACUUUUUAUCAUGUUUGUUUGUCUCACGCGUUUUGGUGUGAUGUUCAAAUUAAUCACGCGUAUACUCGUGAACGUGUGAAGGGCAUGUUACACAAAAGUAGGCCCUGUCCCAAAUGAUGCACUUCAUGUCGACUUUUGGUCUCGUGGCCUUAAAUUGCGCAUGCUCGCUUAGUCUACGAGUCCAUAGGGUGUCCCAUUUGUCAUUUUUACGCUUCGAAGUGUGCUCAUCAGCGCCCCCUAUGCACCCUUGAUGCGGUCCUCCCCGAAGCCCGCACUGCUGAAGGCUCCACACACUUUACCAACCCAGAAGUCCUUGCGAAAGAGCAAUGAGAAGACGGAUGGACGUUUUCUCUUCCUAUUUCCAGCGUGACGCUCGAGUCUGUCCAAAAAUACGACUCCGGUGCACCCUCGUGGACUCGUGUCAAAGGUCCCUAAGGCAUGCACUCCAUGAUGUCAUCAAAGUGUGCACUCUGAGGAAGUCCAAAGUCCGGAGUGUACCAUUUGGGACAGGCAAUUAUUCGCACUUAAACAUGAAUGUGACCACUAUGUGCAAAUGUUUGGUUUCUCCUCCAACCUUGGCCUUCCUAAAUCUAGAAGUAUAGACCCGUUUUUAUGCAUACGCGAGGGUCCUCGUACAGUACUGUACGUGCACUGCCCCAUUUUUGUUAUCGUGCAUACUUUGUACGCGUAGGUCGCGUAUGCGCUUACAGGAGAAUGUAGUAUGUAGCCCAGGAGAUGCAUUCCAUUUUGACGCAAUGCGCAUGCGUUAAAAGUCUACAUUACAUGUACAUGUACGAGUAAAAUCAACUAUGCGUUCAAUCGUGCACGUACACGUAAAAAAAAAAAAAACUAUACACCAGGCAUAAGAAACCUCAGUCUGAUGAAUCACAAAGCUAUCAAAAGUCAUGGGAUGAGAAACAUGAAAUUAAAAUGUACUCUAUUUACUUUGUCAUAACUUUAUAGCUUUAUUGAGAUGACAUGAAUGUUUUUCAAAGCUUUCAUGAAUGUUUUUCACUCUUUGUCACUCAUUUAAUCUAAAUACAAACAUGCUUUCAUGAAUCAGUCAAUGACUAUCAAUACACCCCCCCCCAAAAAAAAAAAAAAACCCAUAUCAAUACAUUCCAGACUUUUCCAUUUAGAUUAAAUCUACUCAAUCUUUUAUGAAACACUGCCAUGAUUGUGGGAUGCUGGAUCGUACACUUGUUCUGGAUGUUUUAUAUAUGUCUCGGUAUCGCUUCCAGUAAAAACUGGCGUAGUUUAAACUGCCAUGGGGCAUCAAAUUUUAGAAAAGCAACAGAAAAAAACUUCAGCAUAUCAUGUUCUGGCUGAUUCGAUUAUAACUGUGCUGAUAUUUGUGCAGAAUGAGCCAAAGGGCUGGCAUGGACUGUCCAAAUGCCCAUUUUGUCCAUGUUUUACAGAGGUGUAAAGUAGUGAAGUAUUUUUUACUAAACUCAAAUACACGUGUAGGUUAUUAAAGUUUUUUUUUUCUUUGACAAACUUUUACGUUACUACUUUUUGGUGGAUAAUAUUGUACUUUUUAAUCCACUACAUUUUAUAAAUACAUUUAUUUUUACCUUUAAUACUUAAGAGGACUAUCUUAUCUAUACUUUACAUGAGUAAAAGCAAGAAAGUAAUAGCUUUUGAAUGUAAUUAAGUAUUAAAGCCACAAUAUGUAGAAUUUUCACCACUAGAGGUCACUAUUACACAAUAACAAAGGUGAAGCUUAAUGAUGUCAUUGGAAUGAUGGGAGAUGUUGGCUCCAUCCGAAAUCGCAUUCUGUGACAGUAGGUACACUGCAAAAAAUGACUUUCUUACUUAGUAUUUUUGUCUUGUUUUCAGUUAAAAUAUCUAAAAAUUCUUAAAUUAAGAUGCAUUUUCUUGAUGAGCAAAAAGAAAUAAGUCUAUAGCUUUUAGACGAAAAAUAUAAAAAUCUAAGCGAAUUUGUGCUCAAAACAAGCCAAAAAAAAUCUGCCAAUGGAAUAAGAAAAAUAUUCUUGAAUUAAGUGUUUAUGAAAAAAGUAAACUUAUUUCAAGAAAAUUUUGCUUGUUUUAAGCACUGAUUUACUUAAAGUUUAUAUUUUUUGUCUAAAAACUAGACUUAUUUUCUUAGGUUAUUUUGCUCAUCUGAAAAAGCAUCUUGAUUUAAGAAUUUGUUGAUAUUUUUACUGAAAACAAGACAAAAAUAAAAAGUAAGAAAGUCAUUUUUUGCAGUGUACUGAACUGCACUGCAAAAAAAUUAUUUUCAAAAAAAAAUUCUUAGUAUUUUUGUCUUGUUUUCAGUAAAAAUAUCUAAAAAUUCUUAAAUUAAGAUGCUUUUUCUUGAUGAGCAAAACGACCCAAGAAAAUAAGUCUAGUUUUUAGAUCAAAAAUAAAAAGUGAUUUUGUGCAUAAAACAAGCAAAUUUAAUUUUUUAUUGAAUUUAAUGUUUAAGAACGAUUACAAGGGAUGAGCCAUUACACUGAAAAAAUUAUUAAUUGAUUUUAAUCAAUUUUUUUAAGUGGUUGCAAUCAAUUUAUUUAAGCUACAUUUAAACAAAAGUUUUAUAUUUUAUUUUACGUUACUAAUCUUUUUUGUUUAAAUGUAGCUUAAAUAAAUUGAUUGCAACCACUUACCUUAAAAAAAUUGAUUAAAUUCAAUGAAUAAUUUUUUUCAGUGUAUUUAAAACAGGAAUUUCUCUGGAUUGACACAUUUUUGGGAACUUUGGGGAUAAUGUAAGUGGUACACAACUGGUUUUUGGAUAUUUUAUCACAAAAAUCUUACAUAUUGUGGCUUUAAAUUAAAAUUUAAUGUGAAAUGAAGUGGAGUAUAAAGCAAGUACAUUUUUCAAGUAUCUGUAUAGAGUUCAAAUGAUUUCUCUACUUUACACAUCUGGUGUUUUAUUUGAUAAAAACUGGGACAUUUUUAGCAUUAAAUAUUUUUUAGGUUUGUUUACAAUCUUGUUUUACUCUAAAAGAAUAAUUAGAAAAAGAAAACCCAAAAUGUUGCCUAAAGACACAAUUUUAUGGUUGAUGUGGCUGCAGGAUUUGUUAUUUGUUAUUUAUUUAGCAAAUUAAUAGGGUCAUUUGUGACCCUCAUUUGUGUGGACCUUUUUAGGUUUAUGCCAAACGUCAUUGUUCUCAGGUCUCAAACCCAAAGUUGGUGCCAUGUUUGAUUAACGGGAAGCGGGAAUGAGAUUUGAGAGCUAUGGGAACCGGGAACAUAAAGUUGGAUAUACUUAAAAAAAACAUUUCAAACUGGUAACACCUAAAAAUGUAAGCUUGAUCAACUUACAUUUUUCACUUGAAGUGAGAAAAUUUAAGUUGAAAAAAAAUCUGCUUUUUAGUGGUUAAGUAAAAUGUUUAAAUUAAUCCAACGUUCACUUUUUACAGUGGUACAAGUACAAAAAGCAAUGUUAUGUACUUCUAUAGUGCCCUGUCCUCAUUUAACUCCCUUGCAACACCUCAGAGAUAUUACUGUAAAUGAUUUAGUUUAUCCAUGCAAGUGAGUAAAUAAUCUGGUGUUUUAACAUGAGAUUAAGUAAAUGAUCAAACAAUUUGUAUUAUUUUUUCUAACUAUAGUACCCUUAAAGUUAACUUGCCUUUCUUCUGUACAC